GCUCCGUCCACGGGUCCCUCCCUGCUGGACGAAAUGUGGCUGAAACCGGAGGAAGUAGUUCUGAAGAACGCUCUCAAACUGUGGGUGACAGAGAGAAGCAAUGACUUCUUUUUGCUGCAGAGAAGGAGAGGACACGGAGAGAGUACAGGCAGGAUCACAGGUCUCCUUGUUGGAGCUCUGGACACCGUGCUGGACUCAAACGCCAGAGUCAUACCAUUUCGCAUUCUCCUCCAGGUUCCUGGCUCCCAGAUCAGCUGGGUCAUCGCCAGUGGAGCAGCCAUAGAGGAGGUGAACAAGCACUGGGACUGGCUGGUCCACAACCUGCUGCACUCUCUGUCCGUGUUUGAGAACAAGGAGGAUGUCGCCAGCUUCGUCAAGGGGAAAGUCAAGGGCCUCAUCGCAGAAGAGGUGCGCAGCCGCCAGGCUGCCCAGGAGGACGACCCGGAGAAGUUCAGGGAGGCGCUGCUGAAGUUUGAGCUGCACUUCGGCCUCCCGUCCUCGGAGAAACUGGUGACGUUCUACUCCUGCUGCUGCUGGAAGGGCCGGGUUCCUCGACAGGGGUUCCUCUACCUCAGUAUCAACCACAUGGCCUUCUACUCCUUCCUGCUGGGGAAGGAAGUUAAGUUCAUCAUUCCCUGGGCUGAUGUAAUGCGGCUGGAGCGGGUCUCCGCCGGACUGACAGAGGCGAUCAGGGUCAGCACCCGGCAGCGACAGAGAGAGUUCUCCAUGUUCCUGAACCUGGAUGAGACAUUUGGGGUCAUAGGUCAGCUGGCUGACAUUGCCCUCAGACGGCUGCUGGACAGCGAGGGUCUGGAACUGGACCGAGUCCUGCAGCAGCCCACACGCAUCACCAAGAGGAUCCUGGAGGAGCAGGCCAUCCGAGAGUACGUCCUCGCUCUGUUCCGUCUACCUCGCGCUGAGAAACUCCACGAGGUGGCGUCUUGCGCCGUGUGGACGCCCCACGCUCGCUGUCACACGAGCGGCACCUUGUACACAACCGACAGCUACCUCUGUUUCUCCGGCCGAGAAGAAGGCAGCUGCAUCCUCAUCAUCCCCCUCUCGGAGGUGGUAUCCAUAGAGAAGGCAGAGAGCACCAGUUCGCUCCCUAACCCCAUCAUCGUCAGCAUCAGGACCAAAAAGGCUUUCCAGCUGAUCGAGCUGCAGAACAGGGACGAGCUGGUGGACAACCUUAACACCAGACUCAGAGCUAUGCAGUGGAAACAGUCCAUGUUCCGCAGCAGGAAGGACAGCAGGAAGAGUCUGAGUUCUCCAACACCUUACUACACCUUCUACUACGACACCGGCUUCUCUGAUGAAGAAGAGAUAGAGGAGCAGGUUCUGAGGAACACCAUCAACAGUGAGGCUUUGAUGACAGCAUUCCAUCAAACCACAGCAGAGGCCAACGGCGGCGAGAGCCUGGAGCAGGUGAAGGAACGUCUGUGGAACAGUCACUUCUCAGAUUUUGGCCGCGGGGUCCACAUGUUCCGCACAGAGAAGAUCCAGAGGCUGGUUGCCAUGGGAAUUCCCGAGUCACUGAGAGGAGAGCUAUGGAUGACGUUUUCUGAUGCCUGCUCAGAGCUGGACUCUCAUCAGGGCAACUACACCAGUCUGGUACAGAAGUCCAUGGGUCAGAACAGUUUGGCCACAGAGGAGAUUGAGCGUGACCUUCACCGAUCACUGCCUGACCACCCUGCCUUCCAGAACCCGACUGGCAUCGCUGCUCUGCGCCGCGUCCUCACAGCCUACGCACAUCGCAACCCAAAGAUAGGAUACUGUCAGUCUAUGAACAUCCUGGCAUCCGUGCUGUUACUUUAUGCCAAAGAAGAAGAAGCCUUCUGGCUGCUUGUGGCCGUGUGUGAGAGGAUGCUGCCGGAUUACUUCAAUCGCAGGGUCAUAGGAGCUCAGGUGGACCAGUCGGUGUUUGAAGAACUGAUCCGGGAGCGUCUUCCAGAGUUGGCCGAACACGUUCCUGACCUCUCCUCGCUCUCCUCUGUCUCCCUCUCCUGGUUCCUCACCCUGUUUCUCAGCGUGCUGCCCUUUCACAGCGCCGUCCGUGUGGUCGACUGCUUCUUCUUCCAUGGUAUCAAAGCCAUCUUCCAGCUAGGCCUGGCUGUGCUGGAGGCCAACGCUGCGGCUCUCUGUGCCUGCACAGACGAAGGACAGGCUCUGAUGAUUCUCACCAGUUUCCUGGACAAGGUUGGCAGUAAGGCCCCCUUUAGUCCUCCGCCGUCUCCAACUGCUGCAGAGGAGAGCAGCCACAGUGAGGCGGACAGUCCUGCCACGAGACACAUCAACAUCAUUGACCUCAUCAAUGAGUCGUAUGAGAAAUUUGGAGACCUGACGGUGCGGCACAUCGAGAGGCUUCGGUGUCAAAACAGAAUCCGGGUCCUGCAGGCUCAUGAAGACACGGCCAAAGAAAACGCUUUAAGACUCGUGACAUCAGAAGUUUCCAUCACUCCAGACGUCUUGUCGGACAUCUACGAUCUCUUCAAGACGGAGCACUUCAUCAGUCUGUACUGGGGUGACAGCAGCUCUGCAGCAGCAGCGGAGGCCGCGGCCUGGAGUCACACCACCUCCGGCCGCUCCUUCAUAGAGCGGCAGUACCGCUUAGACCGCGCCCAGUUCAAGAGUCUGUAUGGACUGCUGGUGCCGUGGCCGGGAGACCUAACACAACACAACGACACGGUGGCCAACCGCACCUUCACUCUGCUGGACCAGGACCACGACAACCUGGUGACCUUCAGGGAGUUCGCUGGUUGGCUGGACACCCUGUAAUGUGAAGAGCUGAAUGAGAAAAUACGACUGUUGUAUCGACUCCACAUUCCACCAGCUCUGACAGAGAGCGAGAACGACCCCUCCCUGAUGAAGAGUCCACUGCUGUCCACAAACAGACCUCUCUAUCUCACCAAGAAGAUGUCUGGUGAUGAAGGUGAAG